UACACUCUUCCGAUUCCACCAUUUCUCCCAAUCUCCGUCUCCAUAUCCUUCGCUCGCGAAGAGGGAGGACAAUAGCGAUUAUCGGAGAGUCGGCGAGCUCGAGGUGAGGGAGCGAGAGAAGAAAAUGGCGUUGGCGUUCGACGAGUUCGGGAGGCCCUUCAUAAUACUGAAGGAGCAGGAGCAGAAGACGAGGUUGAGAGGCCUCGAUGCUCAGAAGGCUAACAUCUCCGCCGGCAAAGCCGUUGCUCGCAUCCUGCGGACCUCGCUGGGUCCCAAGGGGAUGGACAAGAUGCUCCAGAGCCCCGAUGGCGACGUCACCAUCACAAAUGAUGGCGCCACAAUUUUGGAGCAGAUGGAUGUUGACAACCAAAUCGCAAAACUGAUGGUUGAAUUAUCUCGCAGUCAAGAUUAUGAAAUUGGUGAUGGCACCACUGGUGUUGUUGUCAUGGCUGGUGCGCUUCUUGAGCAGGCUGAGAAGUUAUUGGAGCGUGGAAUCCAUCCCAUUCGGAUUGCAGAGGGAUAUGAAUUGGCUUCAAGAAUUGCUGUUGAACAUCUAGAGCGUAUUGCCCAAAAAUUUGAAUUUGGAUUAUCAAACACAGAGUCUCUUGUUCAAACUUGCAUGACUACUUUAUCUUCAAAAAUCGUUAACCGUUGCAAGCGGGAUUUGGCUGAUAUUGCAGUUAAAGCAGUUCUUGCGGUAGCAGAUUUAGAGAGAAGAGAUGUAAAUUUAGAUUUGAUAAAGGUGGAAGGAAAAGUGGGAGGAAAGCUUGAAGAGACAGAGCUCAUAUAUGGAAUUAUUGUGGACAAGGACAUGAGCCACCCGCAGAUGCCCAAGAGAAUUGAAGAUGCAAAGAUUGCUAUCCUGACGUGUCCAUUUGAGCCACCUAAGCCGAAGACCAAACAUAAGGUGGACAUCGAUACAGUCGAAAAGUUUCAGAAUUUACGUCAGCAAGAGCAGAAGUAUUUUGACGACAUGGUUCAAAAGUGCAAGGAUGUGGGUGCAACCUUGGUCAUCUGUCAGUGGGGAUUUGAUGAUGAAGCCAAUCACCUUUUAAUGCAUAGGAACUUACCUGCUGUCCGCUGGGUCGGAGGUGUAGAGUUAGAGCUUAUAGCCAUAGCCACAGGCGGAAGAAUUGUGCCAAGAUUCCAAGAGUUGACCCCAGAGAAGCUUGGAAAGGCUGGACUGGUGCGAGAAAAAUCCUUUGGUACUACAAAGGAUCGGAUGCUUUACAUUGAGCAUUGUGCAAAUUCAAGGGCUGUCACCAUUUUCAUUCGAGGAGGUAACAAAAUGAUGAUUGAAGAGACCAAGCGCAGCAUCCAUGAUGCACUUUGUGUGGCUAGGAAUCUCAUACGGAAUAAUUAUAUUGUGUAUGGUGGUGGUUCAGCUGAAAUCUCAUGCUCAAUUGCCGUUGAGGCAGCUGCAGAUAGGUAUCCUGGCGUUGAACAGUAUGCAAUCAGAGGAUUUGCGGAUGCCUUGGAUGCAAUCCCCAUGGCGCUAGCUGAGAAUAGUGGUCUACAACCUAUUGAGACUCUAUCUGCUGUUAAAUCUCAACAAAUUAAGGAGAACAAUCCAUUCUGUGGAAUCGAUUGCAAUGACGCCGGAACCAAUGACAUGCGCGAGCAAUUUGUCUUUGAGACUUUGAUUGGGAAGCAACAGCAGAUCUUGCUGGCAACACAAGUGGUCAAAAUGAUUUUGAAAAUUGACGAUGUCAUUUCCCCAUCUGACUACUGAUGCUAGGUACAUCCAUUCCCAAGGUGGAGUUCACUGUUCUUGGCUUCCCGUGAUGUGUGGAGUGUCAUUGCGGGCACUGCACUUUUUGUCGUUGAUUGCUGAUGGUUUGCAAAUUUUCAACUGGGUUUAAUUGGACAUGUGUAUGUUUUGGUCCAUUCCUGAGUAGUGGAUUAUUUUGCCACCGUGCA